CGGAAAUUAGACGUUCUUGGCUGCUUCCGGUCAGUCCUCAACUAAAUGUUGCACAGUAAACACUGGACAAAAACAUAACGCUUCACACUGAAGGCUAAAGCAGACGUGGGUCAUUUGAAGUCCUGUACGUACGUGACAAUAUAUGUUGCAUCUGUGUUUUUCAAUGUUUAUUAUGCAUUCAACGCAGUUAAAUUGGUUGAUACGCAAACUAGCUAGCUAGUAUGUUAACGUUAGCUGUUGCUUCAAUCUAUCUGACGUUAGCUACCUAGGCUACGUUGGUUGUCUCACACAGUCAAUAUAUGUUUAAAAUGAUGCUUACUGCAAACUAGACUUUAUACAUGAGCUACGUAUUUAUAUUAUCUUCAUGAUAGCAUGAAAGCUAACAUGUCUUGUGUUCCCAUGUAAACCAACCAUCCGCCAUGGUGCAAAAAAGUUGUCAGUUCAAGUUUUUUUUGUCGUAUGUACAGGAUACACUUGGUAACGUUACACAGUACAAUGAAAUCCUUACUUGCAGGUUCAUACUAGUAAACUGCCAAUAACAAUCCAAGUAUUACCCAGUAACAGAUAUAUAUUACUAAAAAUAUGACUUUUUGCAAUCUGAAUUCUUUGUAUCUCUUAGAAUUCCGAUUGUAAAACGACUUCUCUUUAGGCAUAUAUACACUUGCUGGACAGUUUUAGGUACACCACCCAGUUUAUGAAAAUAGUUAGCUCCUACAGACAGUGAGUCAGGUGGCCUUGGCUUGCUAUAUAAAGCAGGCAUUGAGGCAUUCAGUUACUGUUUGAUUAAACGUUGGAAUGGGCAAAACAAGUGCCUGGUCUCGUGUAGCGUGACACACAUCUCCAGGCUGUUGAUUGUGGAAUGUUGUCCCACUCAUUUUAUUUCAUUUUAGUCAUUUAGCAGACGCUCUUAUCCAGAGCGACUUACAGGAGCAAUUAGGGUUAAGUGCAAUGGCUGUGCGAAGUUGCUGGAUAUUGGCAGGAACUGGAACACGCUGUCGUACACAUCAUCCAGAGCAUUCCAAACAUGCUCAAUGGGUGACAUGUCUGGUGAGUAUGCAGGCCAUGGAAGAACUGGGACAUUUUCAGCUUCCAGGAAGUGUGUACAGAUCCUUGUGACAUGGGGCUGUGCAUGAUCAUGCUGAAACAUGAGGUGAUGGCAGCUGAUGAAUGGCACGACAGGACCUCGUCACGGUAUCUCUGUGCAUUCAAAUUGCCAUUGAUAAAAUGCAGUUGUGUUCGUUGUCCGUAGCUUAUGCCUGCCCAUACCAUAACCCCUACGCCACCAUCAGCAAACCGCUCGCCCACACAACGCCAUACAUGUGGUCUGCGGUUGUGAGGCCGGUUGGACGUACUGCCACAUUCUCUAUAACGACGUUUGAGAGAAAUUAACGUAAUGGUAAAGAAAUGGUGGUGUAAUGAUCAUGCUGUUUAAUCAGCUUCUUGAUAUGCCACACCUGUCAGGUGGAUGGAUUAUCUUGGCAAUGGAGAAAUGCUCAGUAACAGGGAUGUAAACAAAUUUGUACACACAAUUUGAGGGAAAUAAGCUUUUUGUGCUUAUGGAUCAUUUCUGGGAUCUUGAAACCAACACUUUACAUGUUUGUUUUUGUUCAGUGUAGAUGGGUGUACUUAAUAAACUGGCCUGUGUGUGUAGUUGAGCUAGCUGCUUAUAGCCCCAUGUUGGUGAUGGGAAUUCUUAACUACAGUGAAUGUCUAUUGGUCCAAUAACCCUUAUGCUCUCCUACUCAAAAUCCCUGUGUAUGCAAAACUAUGUAGCCCUCUUCUCCCAUCCAGGUGAUCAUGGCAGAAAUGGAGGACAUUGCUGACCGCUUGCCUGUUGAGGAGGAAGACGAGGGGUCCGAGAGAGAUGAAGAGGAGAGAGAAUUUGACUGGGUGGUGGACGAGGCUGAUGAACUCGAUGAGGAUGUAGUUCUUCUGGACACUGAAGAAGAGCCCUUUGAGUUGGACCAGCCAGCUGAGCGCAGUGGCCACAUAGCAGUGGUAGAUGGACACUGCAUGUAUGUUUGGGGAGGAUAUAAGGUAAGGAAGUAUAACUGACAGACAUUUUGAAUUUGCUGUCAGAUGAUCAGUAAUAUUUAUUAAGACCUUUGUUUAGAUGUUAGGUUAUAGUGUAUCUAAAUAAUAGAAUUCUGAACUAUACUAUUCCAAUCAGUCUUCAAUCAAUUAUAAUUUUUACUGGGAGAUUUGGCGUCGGCUUUGACCUUCCUAAACAUGUUGUCUGGAGUUUUACUGUGUUAUCUAUUGCCAGGGAAAGUGUGACAUGGGUCAAGUGGACUCUGAAAAACGGUAUCAAGAUUCUUUUAAUUCUAUUGACUUCCCUCUUGUUUGUCUUAUCACUAGAAUUCCCAGAGCUCUGGCUUCUUUGACUUAUACUUGCCAUGGAAUGAAAUCUGGAUAUACAACAUGGAGACAGAACGAUGGUAAUAAGGAUUUCAACUUCAAUUGUUUGUAUUUGUGUGUCUAGCUAUGACAUCUAGUGUGUGGUUGGUCUUUGUGGUUGAAUCUGUGUUUGAAAUGUACUGCUCGACUGAGGGACCUUACAGAUAAUUGUAUGUGUGGGGUAACGAUGAGGUAGUCAUUAAAAAAUCAUGUUAAACACUAUUAUUGCACACAGUGACUUAUUAUGUGACUUGUUAAGCACAUCUUUAUUCCUGAACUUAUUUAGGCUUGCCAUAACAAAGGGGUUGAAUACUUAUUGACUCAAGACAAUUCAGCUUUUCAUUUUUUAUUAAUUUGUAAACAUGUUGAAAAACAUAAUUCCACUUUGACAUUAUGGGGUAUUGUGUGUAGGACAGUGACAAAAAAAUCUAAAUGUAAUACAUUUUAAAUUCAGGCUGUAACACAACAAAAUGUGGAAAAAGUCAAGGGGUGUGAACACUUUCUGAAGGCACUGUAUCUACUGUCUGUAUUUGCAGGAAGAAGCAGAUGGCGGGGGGUAACCUGCAUGCAUCCAUGUCUGGCAGCUGUGGAGUGUGUGUGGACGGUGUCCUGUAUCUGUUUGGAGGCCACCAUGCCAGGGGAAACACUAACCGGGUGCGUUUACGCUUGUUAUGUCUUGUAUAAUCUCGGUACCCAGAACCAAAUUUCUCGUGCACGCUGGCCAACUACUGUAUUUGGAGUAGUAUUCUAGGGGCAAAAGGCGUUCAAGUCCACACCCCCCCCUUUCUGCCAAAGCCCGUUCCCAGCCCCUCCCUUUCCAGAAACUGGGAAAUAUUUUGUGCUGAACGCUACCAAUAUGGAGGUAUCUGACGCCGUUUUCCAUGCAACUAUUUCACAUGUACGCAGUCAUUAUUAGAGAAUUACAGAAUUUUGUUUAAAAUCCCAGCCCCCACUUUAAAGCAAGAAUCCGCAGUAGAAACAAUAACAAAGCCUCUCCCCAAACCUGGUUCGGUAAAAAGCUGAGGGAUGGGGCUGGAAAAAUGUAACCACUCUCAAAUUCAUAGAGAGGACUGACCAUCCAUGAUAUCAAAAUUAUAGUUUUAACCCAGGUUUGAGGCUAUAUAGUGUUUGUUUACAGUUUGUUUGUUUACAAACAUUGGAGUAAAACAAGCUUAUAUUUUGGUUUCUGAUGGGGUACGACAGUUGAACUAAGCUCAUGAGGCAUUUAUAAGUUAUAUUCUGCAAGAAUCAAUGGCUACAUAUCAUCAAUUUAUUAAGUCCACUAAUGGAUGUAGCAACUGCUGAUUGCCCCUUUAAGCACCACAGCAGGACAUGGCAGGAUUGAUGUAUUUAUCCCUAUCUCACCUCAGAAGCCUGUUUGCCAACAGACUUAAAGGCCCAAUGCAGCCGUUUUUAUAUCAAUGUCAAAUAAUUUCUGGGUAACUAUUAAGUACCUUACUGUAAUAGUUUGAGAUUAAAAUGGAAAAAAAUAGCUUUUUAGUUCAUCAGAGUUGAAAAUGUGAUGGAAACCCAUUUAACUUUUAUUCGGUACAUCUGUUGUACAAUGAUACAAAACACAGGAAAAACAGAAUUUUGACUGCACUGGGCCUUUAACAUUUAAAUGUUAAUGUCUGCUACAAGAGACUAGUCUUAUGCCAUUCUAACUGUUUUGACAUCAUACCAUCUCAACGUGAUUGCUGACUGUUCUGCUCCGUGGCCUUCAGGUUUUCCGGCUCCCUCUCCAAACACCUCUACUCUGCUGGGAGGAGAUGAAGGAUCUCAAGGGCCUGGCCCCGUCCUGCAAGGACAAACUGGGCUGCUGGGUUCACAAGAACAGGUGAGGUGGUCUAUUGGCAGGCAGUGUGUUAUAUAAUAGGUCUUACAGUUGCUCCAUAUCAUUACCUCUGAAGCAGCGUUUACCAAACUACCAUGUGGGGUCGCUUGAUUUGAAAAUGCGGUUGUAAUAAACAGAGCGGUUUCUGUUUUCUUCCUACAAAUGUGUCUCGAUCUUUUGAACGGUUUACGCAACAAAAUAUUUUGACCCCAUCACUGAAAGAUAACUAAGGAACACACGUGUCUUCUGUUUCCCACAAACUGCGUAGGACUCAUUAGAACAGAGUGGACGAGACCAGGCACUAAAGCCAACUGGGGGGGAGAACAUCACCAAUUAUGUUAUUUCUACACAGAAAAUCAUUCUGAACUUCCCAAUACCUUUCUGAUGCAUUUGUCACUUCAAACCAUACUUGUAAAAAGUACUGUCAGACUGAUUUGUAAUAGACUGUGAUAGCAUCAAAAGUAAACAUUGGCCGUUGAUUACAUGGUGGGGUCGCGAAAAGUUUUAUAUCAAAAUGGGGUCGCAGGCCAAAAAAGUUUGGGAACCCCUUCUCUAAAGAAAGUUAUUUUGAUUAACAUUUCUCCAUUAACUGCUGUCUUUGUUCACAGGCUAGUAUUAUUUGGGGGCUACGGAUAUGUGGCACAAGGAGCUCACAGAGGGACAUUUGAAUACGAUGAAACUUCAUUCAUGGUAUAGUCAAUUCAUUUCACAACCCUUGAAACCUUCAGCUGCUUUUAACACCAGUAUGAAAAUGGUCUGUUUAGUGUUAUUUGUCUGCAGCAAAGGGAGUUGUCAAUAAGGGUAAAGUCCUUGGUCGUGGUCAUUAGGCACCACAUUUUUUUUUUACUGAAACGGGGAGAGACAACCUGGAUAACCAAUAAGAAACGCUCAUUUUUGUUCCGUAGCUAAAAGUUUUGUUGCAUGCCCUAAUGAACACAACCCUUUCUCUGUGUGUUGUAACAGGGAGAUAAUCCGGGGCGGGGCUGGAACAACCACAUUCACAUCCUGGAUCUGGAGACGUCCACCUGGAGCCAGCCAGUCACCAAGGUAACAGGAUUCCCUUAAAUCUUGCCACGACUUUCUUUUUGUUGGAAGCCAUUUUACACAUCUGUCUGUGGGAGCUCCAUUCUCACCUCUCCAUUCCCACUCUCUAUUGAAGGGUAAUGCCCCCUCUCCCCGGGCAGCACAUGCCUGUGCCAAGGUGGGCAACCGAGGCUAUGUGUUUGGGGGGCGUUACAGGGUAAGUAGGACUGUUCUGAAAAGAGAUUACUCAAGUUCCUGCUGAGUUUACGGUCACACUGUCUAAUGUGAAAUGGUAUCACUGGCCUGUAGAUGUAGACCAUGUUCAUUUCUAUGAUUUACAUAUUAUUAUGCCUUAUUACAUAAUAGAUAAAGGAUUUUGUAUUCUACAUUUUUGAUGCUCUUCCUCCACAUGAGUAAGCUUUAUCUCUUUUACAACAGGAUUACCGUCUGAACGACUUGUACUACAUCGACAUGGAUUCCUGGGAGUGGCAUGAAAUGUAUGCUAUGGGGUCCUCAUCCAAAAUGUCUUCAUGCAUGUUAUAGCAUUAAACACUUUUUUUAAAUGGGAGGAUGUUGUGCUCUAACCCACGGAUGUGCCCGUGUUAACCUUUAUGGGACUAACUCUCACUCUUUCCCCCCUGGUCCUAUUUCCCCUCGACCUCCCCUGCCCCUCUACAGGAGUGUUCCUCAGCAGGGUCCUGUGGGACGCUCAUGGCACUCCCUCACCCCCGUGUCACCUGACCACCUCUUCCUGUUCGGAGGCUUCACAACAUGUAGAGAGACACUGAGUGAGUGAAGAAUACUUUGUCUUUUUAUUUUUCCUUGAGUCCAUGGCAUGACCACACAAUUCACCAACAAAUUACAUCACUGGAGGGGAAAGAAGCCAAACAGUGACCCAUUUUUUUUUAUUCCUCCAUCCAUUUGUAAUAUCUACAGGUGACGCUUGGCUGUACUGCGUCAGCAAGAACGAGUGGCAACAGUACAAGCACAAGCACACACAGAGCCCCAGGUAAUAUCAACAGAUAUGUGGUAAGGCAUAGGAGAUGCUUGUCUUACUGUGUGUGUCCUUAAUCAUGCGAGUCCAUGGUGAUUUUCCUCUGUUUUUUUGUGUGUGUCAGGCUCUGGCACACGGCCUGUUCCGGUCCUGACGGGGAGGUGUUUGUGUUUGGCGGUUGUGCCAAUAACCUGCUGUCCCAUCAGCGAGCGGUGAGUCCACACCUUCUUGGUGUCUGGCACAAGUGUUACUUAAAAUUAGAACUACCAACUGAUUGAUAAGCAGGUUUACUACCAAGUAUGGUUUGAAUAACGGUAUGUCAAUUGCUUUAUCAACAGGCUCACAGCAAAGAGUUGCUGGUGUUCACGGUUCAACCCAAGUCACUUGUCCGGUGAGUAGAAACACAACCCUGAACCCAGACACAACAUGGCCCUAACUACAGGGUUUUGUUCAUUAGGGAGGGCAUGCAACAAAAAAGUUCAGGUAGUCCGUUUUCUUCUGUUUGGUGCCUAAUGAACACGUCAACUCUGAUACAGUACAUCUUCUGGUCAACGUAAAACUUGCCUAAGUGGUGCCUGAUUGUCCCCCUUCUCUAGGUUCUGUAUGGAGGCAGCGCUGCAGCACAGAGAGUUGCUGGCUGGGUCCUGGGACUGCCUGCCUAAAUACCUGCUACACAGUCUCAAACAGAGGAUGGGAGGCAUCAACACACUGGGGUCAUAA